AUGUCGUACAAGGGCAACAAGAAAUGGCCAGGGAUGGUCACGUCGGUUCGCGACCGGCAGGCCGAGCGGGACGAGAAGGAGCGGCUUCGGAAGCGCAAGAGGGACGAAGAAGAGCGCGAGAAGGCGCUGCGCAAGAGCCAGGAGGAGGUGGCGCGUUUUCUGGAACAGAAGCAGAAGUUUCCGGAGGACUUUAAGGAGGAGCCGCCAAGAGCCAGAGAGAAGCAACUCAGGCGGCGACCCAGCCCGGAGAAAGAGAAGGUGCGACGCCGUAGCCGCGAGAAGAGCUAUGAGGAUCGAAGAUACACCAGAGACAGGGAGUCGGUCUCGCCGGAGCCGGUCAGGGAGCGAAGAGCGACUCCUGAGCCUCAGGAGCCUCGGCGAUCGCAGCACGGUGCCGGGGAAGCCUCGAGGGGAGCACGAAGGCGCUUCGAGGAAGCGCUCCGGGAGGAGCGCGCGGCGCAAGGUCUGGACGGGGGCUACGAAGGCUACCCUGGGGACUACGCCGGGGAGGUUGCCGAUGCCAAUGAGGGGCGCUGGAUUUCUUCCACGUCCUCGGGCAAGGAUCCAGCUCCUGCUUCCGCCUCCUCGGGGGGCGCAUCCUCGGGGGGCUGGGUGGUGACCGAGGAGGCCACGCAUGAGUACGAAGCACAGAAGAAGCAUGCUGCGGAAGAGAAGCAGAAGCGGAUGGAGGAGGAAAAGCGGAGAAAAGCCAAGCUGGCCAACGCCUUCGCGUUCGGCAACGAAGAUGACGAUGACAAGCGGGAGCAGGAACGAAUCGCUGCGGCCAAACAAGCCGCACAGCAGUGGAAGCAGGAGAUGGCGAAUAAGGUGAGGCCCAACAAGGCAGAUGUCCAGGGCACCAGACCUCGCAUU